AGCGACGAAGCGCCAUCAUCUUCAACUGAUUCUGAUGACUCUGACAUCGAAGAUUUACCCAUGAUGCUUGGCUCUAGUCAUAUAUAUUUCACACACAAUGACGAAGUGUUUUCAAUGUAUCGUGAUAAACUCGUGGCACAUAAAGCGUUUCAUCGAUACGUUAUUCGAGCUAAACAAGGUGGAGUACAGAGCUCAAAAGACAAGGAAAAGGGGACUAUACACUCUGCUGGUGCUGCCCUGCGUAGAUAUAAUGAGCGUGCUCUGGCCCAAGAUAUUGUAAAAGUGUUAGAAACAUGGUCGAAACUUCUCUCAUCUACACCUUUGAUAUUUAUUCGUUGCGCUAGUUUCCAACGUGUGAUAUUCCACGAUAUUGAUGGGAGUGGUUUUGACAGAAAGGAUCCAAGGUUGAGAACUAUUCCAUUUGAGACGAAGCGGCCACUCUUGGAAGAAGUACGAAGAACAUGGGAACGGCUGGGAUCCGUCACAUGCCAUGGGUUGUUGAAAGACUUUCUUGCUGAAAGAUCAAAGCGAAAGCAGAAGGCGAAGACUUUGUUGAAGAAGAAGCGAACUGAGACACGCUGGAUAGUAGAUCCUGAAGAUAAGGAGAAAACACCUUCUAAAGAAAGAAAAACGGAUCACUUGAAACCAGUGGUGCCAGUUGAAGAACAACAACAUGAACCAGAUCGAUGGCCAACAUUGAAUAAAGCGACCCGGAGGGAACUUUACUCUGUGGUCAAGGAGAACAAAGAGGAUGCGCUCGCAGCAUUGAUAUCUGGAUGUAGCGCAGAAGAGCAAAAAGAGAUUACCGAUUACCUGAGCACCAAUCGGUUUUCAUCGGACAAUGGAACUUUUCUUCACCUUGCAGCACGUGGUGGAGCUGAUAGGGUGUUACAGUAUUUACUGGAGGCUGGAUGCGAUCCAUCAAUCAAGGAUGACAAUGAUUUGGUUCCAUAUGCUCUAUCGGCAAACAAAUCGAUUAAGCAAGUGUUCAUCCGAUUCCGCAGUGAAAACCCGAAAAGAUGGGAUUGGAUAAGGUGUCAUAUACCGGAGCCGAUUCAACUCACUGACGAACAGCUUGCCAAACUGUCUGAAAAGAAGAAAGAGAAGAAACAGAAACAAAAGGAGAAGAUCAAGAUGAAAAAAGAGAUAGAAAAGAAGGAGGCAGAGGAGCUGGUAUGUGAUCAGUUUAUACUAUCCAAAGAAGUUUGA